UGCGACUUAUCAAGUUUACUCUUUACGUGAUAAAAUAUAGAAAAUAAUACUGUGAAAAUGAAGCGGUUACUGAUUGUCCUUGCCUUAUGUGCACUCACAGCUGCCAUGGUCCCCAGGGAAAGGCGAGCGCUAAAUACAGAAGAGGAGCCCGCACCUCGACCAACCACCACCGCAAAGCCUAAAGAGAUCUGCCAAAGACAUACUCCCUGCGCCUGGUCUGUCUACAAACCUUUCACCAAAAUCAUUGAGUACAACAUCACUAAUACAUACUGCGAGUGUAGUCCGGACAGAGCGUGUCAGAUAGAAGAAGAUGACACUUCAGUCAAUUCCUACAUCCUCCGCUGCUUGCCCCUGGAGCAGCAGGAGACAUCUGAAAGCUAAGACUCGCCCCUACGGCGCACAUGCCCCACCGACGCAGCUUUUUCACGCAGCGAUACUUAGUAGGAAAUAAGUGAAAUAAUGGACAGAGCCUAGCCUUAAGAUACACGAGUACAUAUAAAUGACACAACGCGUAACGGUGAUCGAUUUUUAACGGUUCGUUACGUGUACAGAAUGGUAGUAAAACCUAAAGUAGAAUUUGAAGUAGUUCUAUAAAUCAUAAUAUACAACAUAACCUUUUGUAAAUUUGUAUGGAAAAGCGAAAUUUAUUUGUUUACAUUUCCAACUAAAGUUGUGUCGGAAUAAUACAAUCUCCGGUAAUAACACUUUGUCCGGAUAUACAGACUCUCUACGUACUAAAGAUGUCACAAAAUUAUAAGGUAUGAUUCGAAAUUUGAUAUAAGACAAGACAGUAUGGUAACU